AUGACGGUUGAAUACCUACAUUCACGCCUACUCGAUGCCGAUUGGGAGCGGUCACAAUCUGGUACAAGCCGUAACAUGGAGGGUGCAUACAACCUCAAUUCCCAGCCCUCCCACCCUCUUCGCUCCGGUUCACGCCAGUCGCCCACCUGCCGUUACUGCAAGAAAACGGGUCACACCAUCGAUGAAUGCUUCAAAUUGAAGAAGAAGAAAGAGCUUGAAGAAAGCUCUAAACGGGAGAAAUCCGUCUUCCAACCCUCGGUGCAUGUCUCCACCAGCUCCUCUGCUGAAGCUACUCCGACCCCCACACCACCUCCUGCCCCAUCAACCCCUCAGUCCGUACCUGAUUCCCGGUACGUGGACAUUGCUGUCAGCACCAGCCACCACCCCAUCUUCUCCACAUGGACUCCUCUCGUCGCUGCUGUCUUCAUUCUCACCAUCCUCCUUCUCCUCCUCCUCUUCCCUUAUGGGGCUCCCUACGCAUCGGCAUUCACGGCCUCCUCAUUCAAUAUGGAGCGGACUUCGUCGUGGCUGGUGGACAGCGGCGCAUCCUCCCAUAUCUGCUCGGAUCGUUCGCUGUUUUCGUCUCUCAAGAAGCCCAACGAAGAGAUCCUUGUUCGUUUUGGUGGAGGAGAGACUUACAAGAUCUUGGGAGUCGGCACGGUGGUGGCUACUCUUCGGUCACCAACAUCGGAAACCACCAUUCAGCUUGACAACGUUCUAUUUCUCCCUUCAUCAGUUCACAACCUGCUCUCUGUUCGUGCGCUUGGUGCUGCCGGCGUUGCCGUCUCGUUCCCCGCUGCUGGGCGCGUUGUUCUCACAUCUGAUGACGUUCCUAUUGGCGAGGGCUACACCCGCAACAAUCUGUUUUAUCUUCAACUGCAUCAUGGGAGCAGUGCUGCUCCUUCUAUCAAGCCAACUGCAUGUCCAGCCUCCACCACCACCUCCUCGUACCUCUGGCAUCGUCGUUUCGGGCAUCUCAACAUGCAGGCCUUGUCAACACUUCAUCGGCAGCAGCUGGUCACCGGUCUUCACCUCUCCUCCACCUCGAUUCCCCCCUGCAUCUCGUGCUAUCGUGGGAAACAAACACGUCAGCCAUUUGGCGUGUCCCAUUCUCGCACCACAGCCCCACUCCAACUCAUUCACUCAGAUAUUGCUGGACCGCUUUCAUAUGGAACUACCAUUGGCGGCGCUCGCUACCUUCUCACCUUCAUCGACGACUACUCCCGCCACAUUACAGUGUAUCUCCUACGCCACCGGUCGGAGGCACUUUCAUGCUUCAAGGCUUACGUCACUCGGCACCGUGUCAUCCUUUCUCGUGAUGUCAUCUUCAUGGAGCCCUCUGCACCGCCUUCCGACGACUCUCGCGACCCUCCAUCGUCAUCUCCACCCACAUCCUCCUCACUACCUCCUCCUACACACCCUUCUUCCUUGGACCCAAUCUCCCCUCCCUCUCCUUUCCCCACCAUACCUUCCUCCACCAACCCCCACCCACAAUCCCCAAACCUGCCCGCACCAGCCACAUCUUCUCCUCCUCCAUUGUUUUCCAACCUUCCUCUGCCCUCGACGCCGCAAGACUUUCACCUUCCAUCCUUCUCUCCUCCCUCUUCGCCUCCCCCUCCCCAUUGCACGACUCGCUCCUCCCCGCCAUCCCCUUCAGCUCUUCCCGAUCCUUCCCUUUUCUCCUUCCUCAAGGUCUUACCAUCCCCUUCCGAACCCAUUGACUUCACUCUUCCUCCUCUUUCCAACACCUCUGCCAAUGCUGCCCUUCACCAUCAUUACGAACCUCAAACCAUUCAUGAGGCUCGUACCGGCCCUGAUGCUGCCGAAUGGAUCAAGGCUGCUGAUGCGGAACUCGCUGCCCUGCACGCUAAUGACACCUACAGCAUUGUUCCUCGACCACCCAAGUGCAAGCCGAUUCCAUGCAAAUGGAUUUUCAAGGUCAAGGAGAACGCUGAUGCUGCAUCCUUCUUCAUGCUUCUCGUCUAUGUUGACGACGUCAUCAUUCUCUCCUCCUCCUCCUCUCUUCUUGCCUCAUUCAAGCAUGCCCUUUCAUCUCGCUUCAAACUUCGUGACCUCGGACCUCUCUCCUACUACCUUGGCUUUCACAUCACUCGUGAUCGAACUUCCUGCACUCUCCACCUUCAUCAAUCCAAAUUCAUCACCUCCAUUCUAGACACCUACUCCUUCUCUCCACUGAACCCCGCUGCCACUCCCAUGGACACAAAGUUUCAGCCACCCGUGACUUCCUCCCCGCACUCCUCCUCCUUCCCUUACACCUCGUUUGUCGGCUCCAUCAUGUGUGCAUGUCCCUUCCACCUCUCUGUGAGGUGUGCAUGUCCCUUCCACCUCUCUGUGAGGUGUGCAUGUCCCUUCCACCUCUCUGUGAGGUGUGCAUGUCCCUUCCACCUCUCUGUGAGGUGUGCAUGUCCCUUCCACCUCUCUGUGAGGUGUGCAUGUCCCUUCCACCUCUCUGUGAGGUGUGCAUGUCCCUUCCACCUCUCUGUGAGGUGUGCAUGUCCCUUCCACCUCUCUGUGAGGUGUGCAUGUCCCACAACAAUUAUCCCCUCACCUGGGUUCAGUUCAGCAGCAACCCUUCCACUUCAGCCAGCAGUGUGA